AUGUCUGUACUUGUGACAGUUGGUACCACUCAAUUUGAUUUACUAAUACAACAAGUCGAUAAAGUAGAAUUUCAUGACCAACUCUUAGAAUGUGGUUACAGAAAUUUAUUUAUUCAAUAUGGAAGUGGUGAAUAUGUUCCAAAACAAAGAAAAGUUAGACAUAGUAAUAAUUGUAAUGAAAGUAAAGAAUAUGAUAAAAUCCUUGAAAUUAAAGCCACUCCUUAUAUGAAAGAGAUUAUAUAUUCAGAUUACGAUCUUAUAAUAGGUCAUGCAGGAGCUGGAACCAUAUUAAAUUCUUUAAGAAAUAACAGGAAAAUGAUAGUUGUAAUUAAUGAAUCUCUUAUGGAUAAUCAUCAAGUUGAGCUAGCAACCCAACUUCACAAUGAUAAACAUCUUAUUGCUAUUAAUAAUAUGAAUGAUUUAAGAAGUACAAUAAAAACUAUUACAACUAUUACAUAUUCAAAUAAGCCUCCUGAAAAUCAACAUACCAACUCGUCAUACCUAAUUCCUUUUCCUAAAGCUAGUAAUACACGUUUCAAAGAGGAAAUAAGUAAAUUACUUUGCAAUGAAAAUAUUUGGAAAAAUUAA